AAAUGUCAAAUUGUUGUCAUUGACUACAACUGUGACAUUUCGUAUUUAAUCGAUUGAAUAUUGUAUUAUGAAAAUAGUGUGGGCUGGCAGUGUUGUGAUCAAUAAUUUAAGGUUCAUAAGCAAAUUCUAUGCGGCCUCAGACUACAACGUAAUAAAAAAUAAUGGCAAAUAAAGAAGAGGAUGAGACGUUUCAAGAAGGUGAUGUCUAUAUUAACGCUGAAGAUGGAAUGCCUAAUAUUCAUCCUAAUAUUGCUGACCUAGACCAAGGAAAUGAUACUCAUGACGAGAUGAGCGAAUUUGAUGACUUGCCUAAAUCUGUGAUCGUAACAAAUAUUCAAAGUAACGUUUUCGCCGAUGAGAAAUUGAAGAAAGAAUUGGAAGACCUUUUUCGUACAUUUUCAGAUAAUAUAACGUUUCAGUGGUUAAGAAGUUUUAAGCGUUUACGUGUAAAUUAUGACAGUCCACUCGCUGCCGCUUCCGCUCGUGUUCGUCUUCAUCAGUAUCAGUUUUAUAAUUCGUGCAUUAAUUGCUACUUUGCACAGCCUGUGACACCAAUAUCUUUAAAGAACUUAAAACCUCCUGCUCCUGUAAAACAGUUUUUGAUCUCCCCUCCAGCUAGUCCACCUAUCGGAUGGGAACCACGGGAGGAAGGUGAACCAAUUUUGAACCCAGAUUUGUUGGCGGCUAUAGCCAGCCUAGCACCGGGAGAGAGCCACGAAGUACAUGCACCCACACCUACUCAACCCGCUAUAGUGGUACAUACUGCUUUACCUUCUGAGACCAAUGCUCCUACUCAUGUUGGAGUUCCACUUCCGCAUACUCGCUGUCCUGAAUAUUAAUAUGUCUAAUUUAAAAUUUAGGAUAUUUAUUUUUAAAAUAGAUGUUUUAUGUUAUCAUAUGUCAAUUUUUAUGACCAGUGAUGCCAAAGACAAUUGCUAUACAUAUUAUUUUGUAGUUUUAUCAUAACAUAGGCUGGUGUUUGUUAAACAGACAGGUUUUAACAUUAAGAUAGGCUUAUGAAGUAACCGUUUAUCAGUUUAUUUUAUUUCACCAAGUAAAAUAUUUAAAAUUAAAUUGGUGCUACUUUUUAAUAUUUAUAUCGCUUAUGUUUGUGUCAUAGAAUGUAGAAAAUUCACAAGUUAUGUUGUGAAAAUGAAAGCAAAAUGUGUAAUUACUAACAAUAUUUAUUGUCACUACAUGUUGCUUGUAAUAAAAUUAUAUUUAUAUAGAUUAUUGUAAUUUAUUUAGUCUUUCAUAAAACAUACAGGGUAAUUUUAUUUAGGAGCCAACUAAAAAAUAAUCACAUUAUUUAAGAUUUAAUUAAAGCAAACAAACUACACAACAAAUUUUAAAUGUUUAAAAGCAAAAAUUGUUUUAAAAUGUAGUGUCAAUAACUGUUGAAAUGCUUUGUGCAUAUAAAAUUACAUUAGAAUUUUUCAUUACUUAUUAAAGUAUUAAAAUCACAUAUCAAAAAAACUUUACAUGUUUGAAUAUAUUUUAAAUAAACUUGUCCAAUAUUUGUUUAAUAACAGUGAGACAUAUGCUUUUAAGGAUAAUAAAAGGUCUAAAGAAGAUUUUGACACCAUAACAAAACGUGAUUUGGCUUUAAGUAUGACAUCAUAAAUGUUACAUAAUAAAAGUGUAAAUUUCUUUGUUUAUUUUUUAAAUUUUAAUAAUAAAUUACUGACAGAAAUCUAAAACACAACACAUAGUCUUGAUAUACUCAUUAUUUGAUUAGUUUAUUUCGUGUGGUUGCUAUUCUUUUUCAUGAAAAUGUAAAUAUUGAUAUAAUAUGUGUAUUUUACUGUAACAUGUGAUGGUUUUGUCAUAUAUUCAUGGUUAACUAAGUAAAUAUGCUAUAUAUUUUAAAAUUACUUGUGUAUGCAGUUAGCUUUGUAUGUGUAUCAAACCACUUAUACUAUCUAAUUGUCCAAAUCAAAGAUAUAUCUAUUUAAAUGUUGUGCAAAUGUUUUGUUUUAGUGUGUGGGUGCAAUAUUUAGAAACCAAGCCCUUAUAUAAUUUUACUAUAUAAGUGUUAUGGUGUAUGUUAAUGUAUAUAUUUUGACUAUGGCUCCAUUAAUUUCUUAACAUAAAUUUUGCAAAAGACACAACAUUUAUCAAAAUUGUUCAAAUAAUGUUACUUAUAAUUAUGUAUCUACAAUAUAAUACACGAAUUUCAUUGCAUCGUGCAUAGAAAGUUGUAAGCAAUGUUAGUUAUUAAAUUAUUAUAAUAUUCUACUUAAUAGUAAACUGA